AUGACAACACAAGAUUCCAAUCAGACUCAGGUGAUUUCUGUGACUAAGAUGCAAACUGGACAUGAAUUACCUGAUGCUGCCACACAAGAGCUCAAGCCAGGAGGCAAGCAGAGCGCUGAUGGUACAGUGUAUGAGAUAGUCCUACCUGGUCCAUCUGAAAAAAGUAUUUCUUUGGCCAGUCCAGGUAAAGUUGAACUUGUAUGCAAAUUAGAUGAGAAUUCCAAUUUGAAAAAUCCUCAAGUGACUUGGAAAAAGGGAAGUGAAACAAUCAGUCACACCACUAAAACUCAGAACAGCUGGGCCAUCCAAGUGACCGUCUCAGGGAGCAGCGAGCUGGGAAGUUACACUUGUUUUCUGAAGGCUGAAAAAGAAAUCAGUGCAACGUUUCACUUGAACGUACCACCCGUUGAUGGAAGAGAAAAACCCAUGAUCGUUUAUAUAGGAGAUAUAGCUGUAAUGGUUUGUAAAACUGAGCAUAAUCCCAAGGCUUGGAGCUGGUAUAUGACCAAUGGAACUGAGCUGGUUUCCAUUGAUAAAAUUUUGCCUAAGGACAAGUAUGACAUUACGAUCCCAUCUGCCAGUAAAAGCCGUUUGGAGGUACACAGGCUCACCACGGCAGAUACUGGUGUAUAUUGGUGUGAAGCUGCUUUUGAUUUAGCGGGCAGUAAAGCGAGGUUUGACGUUAAAGUUCUGUCCAUCGCAGAACCUCUCAAACCCUUUAUAGCAGUUGUGGCUGAAGUUGCUAUUCUUGUAACUACUAUUGCCCUCUAUGAGGUGUAUUCGAAAAGGAAAGCAAAAGGAGGUGAAAAAGAGUUUGACCAAAUUGAGCAACUUAAAUCAGAAGACAACGUAGCUGAGAAAGCUUUACCUGCUGAGUGUGAUGCCCUGGGGGAUGGAGAAUCCCUGUGA